AUGUCAACCUCCCAUGUUCAUGCAAAUAAACCCCGGGUCGCUUCAAAAGGGAUGUUACGCGAUGAACUCCUCUUGCAUAUAUCCCACUACGUGAUUUGGAAUGAAGAUGCAGUCACUCAUCGAACCCUUCAAGUAGUCUCCAAGCGAAUGUAUCAGCUCGUCACUGCCGACAUUUACAGACAUAUCUACCUUACCAGUGAGGCUCUUAGCAGACUGAGUAGUCUGUUCAGGGAUCUCCCCACAAACCAAUUUGGUCUCCUCACGACCUCCCCGCCUACCCCCUUACCGAUUUUGCAGCUCAUCAGAUUUUAG